GGUGAGGUAAAUUGAUCUGUUAAGGAGAUGAGGAACAAGCGUGUCCAUAAAGACGAUCUAACUUUCAAAGCGCAUCACAUUGCAAGCUUCAUCGAAGGUGAGGAAAGGCUCUCACCGAGCAGUGUUGUUCAUCACAUAAACUUAUUACAUGGGGGAGGUCGUAUUGAUGAGACACCAUGUAAGGUUAUACUGGAUAAAAAGGGAAUUUUAAUUGAACUGAAAUUUUCGAAGGAAGUCGUGGAGUUUUUUGAGUGGUCUUCUAUAAGUGACCAAGCUGCGAUAUUUAAACGCUCAGAAGACUUUCAGUAUGGCUACCUCAUCUUAUUUCGAUGCUCACAGUACAAUUCAGAGCUCAGGCAUGAGGAAUCUGAGGUUCAUGUCUUCAGUUGUGAAACGAAAGAAGAUGCUAAACUACUAGUAGAUUCCAUAUAUAAUCAGAAAAGAGCAGUCCUAGGACUGAACUCAAAUGGUGACAGCAUGAAAAGUCCUGAACUCAGUUUGCGGCGAGGUAAAUCAGAAGAAAAAAUCAACACUACUGGAUAUGAUUGUGGACGAAAUUUUUAUAUGCUUAACCAAUGUAUAGAUGAUAUAGAGAACUUUGAAAAUCGUCUAGAGAAAGCUAUCAAACGAAUGUCGAAUAACAAUAGAGAUAGUUCAGGACACCCAAGUAAACAAGACGCUCAAGAAAUAAUUAGAAAAGUGAAGUACGCUUUUAAUAUGAAUGAAAAAGUUCAACCACAUGUUCCUGAAGAUAUAUCGAAAAAAAUCUUUGUACGACUAUUUAACACUGUCCAGUGGCUGGACAAAGUUUGUCGACAUAAAACUGUGCCUGACUAUGACCAAAAUAUGGUGCGUGAUAUUGUUGAGCCUUUAUUAGAAGAAGCUACACUUCAAGCGAUUAUGACAAGAUUGCAAAAUAAAAUUGAGUUUUGGAAAGGACUUGGUCCUGCAUGGAAUACUUCACCUGAAAAAUGGAGUGAGCAUCUUGAUCCUUAUACUCCACAAUUCUCUUCAGAAUCUGAUAAUAAUAAACGCCGAACAUGGCAUGCUGAAACUAAUGCAGUCACACCAACUACAACAGACAUUGAAUUAAAAAUUACAAAAACUGUCUCACCGCGUCAUUCUCCGAAUCCCCCUGAACGCGUCAGAACUCCUUCACCAGUUCGUCAAAUUAGCUCCGAAGUUAUACGUAUAAACAAUGUGAAUACACCAGAAUCAAAUGUUACUACCGUUACAGUAGAAAAAUCACCAGAGCAGAGAGUGAAGUCUUUGGAUCCACGCAGUAAUCACCCUCAGCGUCCUACGGAUUCGGAAGGAAAAUGGUGUGUAGUAAAUGUACUUCAUGUAGGUGCAAAACCUCAAGAGCUGAGUGCACAACCAGGUGACGUUCUCCAAGUUAUAAAUAGCAGUAAAGGAGAUUGGUGGCUGUUGCAAAAUGAUGCAGGAGAAUCUGGUGAAGUACCGGCUUGGAAACUAAAAGCUUAUAAUUAUCGACCAGAACAUCCAACUACAGCUGGAUUGAAGAAAACUCCAUCAAUGAGUAAUUUACUCAAUAGAAAAUCUACAGAAAUUUUUGAAAAUGAUAAUGAUAAUGUGCAUUCGGACAAUCAUUUAAUUAGUCAACCAAAUAAGAAUAAUCUUCAUACUCCUAAAAGUAUACUACGUGAUAAAUCACCACCUAGAGAGGCGGAUACAUCGGUUUUAAAUUUAAAUAUACCACCUACUUCACCUACAGGACAAAAUUUCAACAAUGAUCAUAAAAUUAUGAAUGAUAAUGAAAAUUUAGAUGUUCAUAAUAAUUUUAUGUAUAUAACACCAUCUCAACUGCAAGAAGCAAUCAAAAUUAAUAGUAAUGUACCGAUGAUAUUAAUUCCAGUAUCUAAUUUGUAUGGUAAUAAUAAUUCGGAUAUGUCAGCAAUGAAUUGGUCAAAUUUAAUAAAUCCAAAUACAAAUGGUGCUGAAUUAGCCAGAACUCCUAAUCCUGGUGUUUUAGGACCAGGUUGGAAACCCGCUCCAAUAUUGAGUACUUCAGCAACUGAAGCUUUGGGCUAUUCACCAUAUCCUUUCAAUUAUCCUACACAUAUGCAUACUAUGACCAGAGAAUUGAGAGAAAGAUUAUCUAAAAUGCAACUUGGAGGAGGGACUGGUCUUAAAUCAGUCCCUAUACCUUCAACAACACUUGAUAAACCUGAUCAACGGUUAUCGAAAUAUGCAUCCAAGGAAGAAGUUGCCGAAUGGCUAGUUGCUCAUCAAUUCUCACCAAAAGCUAUAUCUGCUUUAAAAGGAUUUAAAGGAAUGGAUUUAUAUACAAUGAAUAGAACUCAAUUAGAACAACAUGUUGGACCAGAAAGAUGUGAUGAACUAUUUUAUGCAUUCCGAGGAACUUAAAUUCAAUUUUAGUAAUUAUUCAACAAAUAAUUAUGCAAACUGUCCCAAUCAGAAGCAUAGCGGGAUCCUCCGAACAAACCUUUUUGAAAUCCUUCUUCCUUCUUUUACCAUCAUACUGAUUAGUA